AUGUGUAUCGACUACUGGCAAUUGAAUAAGUUAACUGUGAAGAAUAAGUACCCACUUUUGAGGAUCGACAAUCUGUUUGAUCAGUUUCGUGGGGCUUUAGUAUUCUCGAAGAUAGAUCUCUAUUCUGGGUAUCAUCAAUUUAAGGUUAAGGAUGCUGUUAUUCAUAAGACGGCUUUUAGGACUCGUUAUAGGCACUAUGAGUUCCUAGUCAUGACCUUUGGUUUGACAAAUACUCUAGCGACAUUCAUGGAUCUGAUGAAUCAACGUAGAUGGAUUGAGUUGCUCAAAUAUUAUGACUGCACGAUAGAGUAUUAUCCAAGUAAAACCAAUGUGGCGGCUGAUGCUCUUAGUUAUAAAGCAAUGUCUAAAUUGAGGGCGAUGUUUGCUCGCCUUAGUCUAUUUGAGGAUGGUAGUCUGUUAGCCAAGUUGCAAGUCAAACCGACUUGGAUUUAUCUUAUUCGGGAAAAGCAGUUGGAGGAUGAUUCUCUAGUUGUGUGUUUUCAUCAGGAUGAGAGUGGCAUUACGUCUGAUUUUGGGCCUAAUAAAAAUGGGGUUUUGUGUUUUCAAAGACGUACCGAUGGUCAAUCUGAGAGGUUCAUUCAGAUACUGAAGGAUAUGCUUCAAUGUUGUGUGAUUAAUUUUCGAGAUAGUUGGGAGGAUUUUCUGCCUUUGGCUGAGUUUGCCUACAAUAACAAUUUUCAGUCUAGGAUCCAUAUGGCACCUUACGAGGCUCUAAAUGGUCGUAAAUAUCGUACUCUGCUGUGUUGGACUGAGUUGGGUAAGCGACGGGUUUUGGGAUCUGAAUUGGUUUCUGAGACUAAGGACAAAUAUCAGUCUGAUCUAUCUCACGUUGUUCCAGUUGAGAAAAUUGAGGUUAGAUUGAAUUUGACACUUGAUGAGGAAUCGGUACAGAUUUUGGAUCGAGACGUAAAGAUUUUGAAGAGGAAGUCUAUUUCAUUACUUAAGGUUAUGUCGCGGAAUCAUGGCACUGAGGAAUCCACGUGGGAACUUGAGGACUCGAUGCGUUAG